ACAGUACCGACAGUUUAUCCACCGGCACAACAGAAGAACGUUUGUGAGGUCACAACCCGCGGCUGCUUAACCUCGGGAGCUCCUGCGAGUGGUAGCCGUGUCACCGACAUGCCCAAAAAUAAAGGUAAAGGAGGUAAAAACAGGCGCAGGGGUAAGAAUGAGAAUGAAUCAGAAAAAAGAGAGUUGGUGUUUAAGGAGGAUGGGCAAGAGUAUGCUCAGGUCAUCAAAAUGUUGGGAAAUGGACGAUUAGAAGCAAUGUGUUUUGAUGGUGUGAAGAGGUUAUGCCACAUUAGAGGAAAAUUGAGAAAAAAGGUUUGGAUAAAUACCUCAGACAUUAUAUUGGUUGGUCUACGAGACUAUCAGGAUAACAAAGCUGAUGUAAUUUUAAAGUACAAUGCAGAUGAAGCUAGAAGUCUGAAGGCAUAUGGAGAGCUUCCAGAACAUGCUAAAAUCAAUGAAACAGAUACAUUUGGCCCUGGAGAUGAUGAUGAAAUCCAGUUUGAUGAUAUUGGAGAUGAUGAUGAAGCUAUUGAUGAUAUCUAAAUUGAACUGAGUGUUUUCUGAGGAUCAUUCUGCAGUUGGAACUUUGAACAUUACCUGUUAAGAAGACUGCAACUUCAUUUAGCAUGAAUAUAGUUUAUUAAAGAAGGCUGAUCUAUUUUCAUUAUUUGUUCUAAUGUAUUUAUUAUAUUUCUUUAAAAAUUGGUGAUAUAUUUCUUUAAAAACUGGUGUUAUAUUAUCUUAAUUGAAAUGUUAACACUUUGUUCUUUUGAUGUAAUAGAACUUAGGAGUAAAAGACCAUAUCUGCUGUUAAAACAAAAGAAAGAACUGCCUUCCCUUUUGUGUCUACUUCACUCUUAGUAAAUGGAUGUUUUGAAUAAAUUGUUUGCUUUAUAAUCAUCAAGGAUUAUAAUAGCCCUAGUUCCAACUAAUGUGUUUAUUCUGUAAAGUCUUAAUGCAUGUUCCUGUUACCUAGAUGCUCUCUUGAGAUUUUUGAUAAAAUUUAAGGAAGACAAAUCUGCAUUUCGAGUCAGAAAAAAUAGGGCUGUUUUAUUUAUGUAACCGUACGUAUUUUGAUACUGAUAUCUUCUACAUUCUUUCAUCAUUUCAUGAUGUUAACAUUUCCAAAAUGUGGUUUAGAACAUGUGUUUGAGUAGCAAUUUUGAAAUUUCUAAGAUUAGUAGUAGCAGAAAUUGAAGAACAAAAUAAUAAUCAAUUAUCUUAAUAUUGGAAAUUUGAUAUAUUAAUUGACAGUAUUUUUACUUAACAUGCAUAGAAAAUUUCUCAAACAAGACAGCUUUUGUAUUGUAAAAUGCAUUGUGUAUUUUUCUGUACAAAAUAUAUAUGUCAGAAGAUUUCAUUUUAUUUUCAAAGUUAAAGCAUUGUAACCCAUGGUUUUGGGCUAUGUAAACAAUUAAGUUGCAAUGUAUAAAUGAAAAACUAAUUUCAUAAUGAAUUCUAUACACUAAGCCUGGAGUGAGGGAGGGGAACUAUAAAUUGGUGAAAACAUGGUUACUAUUUUCUGAAUGGAGGAGCUACAGCAAAGAAAUACAAUAAAAUGCCAUGUUGAGUAUA